AUGUAUGUGGACCCUGCAACUGGAUACUAUGUUUUCACGGCAUUCGCGCUGAAGCGGCGCCCCUGCUGCGGCAACAUUUGCCGGCACUGCCCAUACAAGGCCGAGCGGGAGGAGAAGGAGCGGCGACGUGCCGCGAGGGACCGCGAGCGCAGCAGCGGCAUGGGCGACGAGGGCGCUGGAAGCUGCGGCGGUGACGACGGCGGCGGCGGCGGCGGUCGCAGCGGCGGCAGCGGCGGCGGCGGCGGUGCUGGCGACGUUGGAGGCGUCAAGCGCAAGGGCGGGCUGUGGUCUUUGUUGGAUUGGUGA